AUGACGGGGAGCCGGGAACCGGCGGUGAAGCGACCUCUCCUCUGCGCAGCGCUCCGGGACAGGGUGGUGUCGGCGGAGCGGAACAGAGCGACCGCUCCGCCCCGCUGCGUGCCCGGAGAUGGCCCUGCCUCCGUUGCCAGGCAUGGGCGGGCGGCAGGAGCUUUGGAGGCUGAACUUGUCAUCCACCCUGGCAAGAGCAACUUGGAAUACUACAGGAACGACAGUGCAGAGGCGUCCCUGUAUGGAAUGCCGGUGAACAACACGGACUUCAUGUGUGACAUGAGGCAGGUCAGGCAGUUUGCUCGAGCCUUCCUGCCUGUGUUCUUCUGGCUCAUCUUCUCUGUGGGCACCGUGGGAAAUGCCUUGGUCGUGCUCGUAUAUUGCAAACACCGCUUCAGGAGGAGCAUGAUGGAUCGGUACCUGCUGCACUUGGCCAUUGCAGACCUGCUCUUCCUCUUCACCCUCCCCUUCUGGGCUGAGGCUGCCUCCAAUGGCUGGAUCUUCAAGAACCUCAUGUGCAAAGUUGUCAACAGUAUGUAUAAGAUCAACUUCUACAGCUGCAGCUUGUUUCUAACCUGCAUCAGCUUGGACAGGUACAUCACUAUUGUCCAGGCGACAAAAGCUAACGCCUCUAAGCGAAGGCGGCUUCUGCACAGCAAAGUGAUGUGCUGGGCUGUCUGGCUGACAUCCAUGAGCCUGUGCAUCCCAGAAAUCAUGUACAGCCAAAGCAUGCGGGUGGGUGACAUAACAGUUUGCAAAGUCACAUAUCCACCAAACAUCAGCAUGAACUUCAGAGUUACAGUCCUGGCCUUCAAAGUCACAUUCGGAUUCUUUCUCCCACUCCUUGUCAUGGUCAUUUGUUACUCCCUUAUCAUCAACACCCUCCUGCAAGCCAAAAGAUCCCACAAGCAGAAGUCACUGAAGAUCAUCACCACGAUCAUCACCGCUUUCCUCCUCUCCCAGUUCCCGUACAACAUUGUUUUGCUGGUCAAAGCCAUCAGCACCUACGCCGGGGAAGCACAGAGCUGUGAUGCUGCUGACCGGCUGGACAUUGCGCUGCAGCUCACCCAGAGCAUCGCCUUCCUCCACAGCUGCCUCAACCCCUUUCUCUAUGCCUUUGCUGGCGAGCGGUUCAGGACAGCGCUGGCCGGGGUGAUGCCGAGCGGCGGUUUCUGCUGGAGCAGGGGCCAAGACCAGUGCUCCUCUGCCUGCAACAGCCACGAGCACAGCUCAGACUGGUCCUUCGCCGUGCUGGGGAGGCGGCGAGUGAGGAGCUCCAUCACCCUCAGCACACACUUGAUCAUAGAGUCAUAGAAUCAACCAGGUUGCAAAAGACCUUUAAGAUCAUCAACCAUUACACUUGACCUCCUCCGUUAUGGCCUCUCCUUGCCAAGUCUUCUUGUAAGUUAGUGUUUGUCCUUGCCCUGCUCCAGAGGAGCACCAAACUCUUUGGAAACUGUGUGUAUAUCUCAAAGACUACGCUAGAGGAGUGGGGAGGGCUGGGGACUGCUUGCAUGGCCCAUCCUUGCUGUAUGGGAUCCAACUGGGGCUUGCUGGCUUGAAAGGAAGGGAAACCUUUGGCACAGGGCAGCUAAAUGGAGUCAUACUCUUGUAAGCGGAACUGUUAGAGGAC